CUAGUGACAGUUAAACGACUCCGAUUGCUAGGCGUCACAUUUUAAACAUCUUCCUAGAGAAUUUUGACAUUUUCCCGGAAAAUCUCUCCAUUUUUCGCACUCGAUCUGAGAUACACUCAUGCCUACCAUGUCUCUCUCUCUGCAUCUCCUCUUCGUCGUCUCGAUCUCGUUUCUAAUUCACAAAUCUUCCGGCUCCUUCCUGGCCCCUCCUAGCUCCAUCAUCAAUCCUUCUAAAGUCAAACAAAUUUCAUGGAAACCUAGGGCUUUUGUUUACGAAGGUUUUCUCACUGAUUUAGAAUGCGAUCACUUGAUCUCUCUUGCAAAAUCUGAGCUGAAGAGAUCAGCUGUUGCGGAUAAUUUGAGUGGAGAAAGCAAGCUAAGUGAAGUUCGAACAAGUUCGGGAAUGUUCAUUGCUAAAGGAAAGGAUGCUAUUAUUGCUGGCAUAGAGGACAAGAUUUCAACAUGGUCGUUUCUUCCAAAAGAAAAUGGGGAAGACAUACAAGUCCUGAGAUAUGAACCUGGACAGAAAUAUGAUGCACACUAUGACUACUUUGCUGAUAAGAUUAAUAUUGCUCGGGGUGGCCAUCGUAUAGUUACUGUUCUCAUGUAUCUUACUGAUGUUGCUAAAGGUGGUGAAACAGUGUUUCCCAAUGCAGAGGAGCCUCCACGUCGCAGCAGAACUCCUGCAAAAGAGGAUGACCUCUCUGAAUGUGCAAAGAGAGGAAUUGCAGUGAAACCACGAAAAGGAGAUGCUCUUCUUUUCUUCAGUCUCUAUCCUACUGCCGUUCCAGACACAAACAGUCUCCAUGGUGGAUGCCCAGUGAUUGAAGGAGAGAAAUGGUCAGCAACAAAGUGGAUUCAUGUUGACUCAUUCGACAAGAACGUUGAAGCCGCUGGGAACUGCACAGAUAUGAAUGUAAGUUGUGAGAGAUGGGCUGCUCUUGGUGAGUGUACCAACAACCCAGAGUAUAUGGUGGGAACUGCAGAGCUUCCUGGCUAUUGUAGAAGGAGUUGUAAACUAUGUUAGCCUUUAAUCUGUAGGCUUCUUUGGGUGGAUUGUAUUUGUUUUUUCCCUUGCAUCGUUCAAAUUUUGGUGAAAUGUCAUAUUACUAUUAUUAUAAUUUUCUUUAUGAUGAUUAUACGCAAUAUUAUAAUUUUGUCC